AUGGAUCCUACUAUACCGAUACCAUUGAUUAUCUUUGGCAUUAUAUUUGGUAUUAUUUUUGUUUUUGCAAUUUUUUGUUGUCGUUGUCAUCAUAUAACUCCAGUUGAAGACACAUUGAGAGCCCAUGGCAUAGAUCCUGAUCUUGCUCGAGCUGGAGUUCCCGUUGUCAUUGUCUAUCCACAUCAACAAAAGAUGAAUCCGCCAUAUACGGCUGCUCCUCCACCUUAUUACUGA